AAAUUACAAUAAAAGGGAAAUUAUCUCCCGUUUUUUAAGAACUGAAAAAAUACAAAAACUCAAGAACAAAUCAAUCCAAAUGCGUGAAACAUUCUCUACCACAAUGGAUACGACAACGACGCUCACUGGUCGCAAAGGUUACUUCGUAACACGACAAAAUCUCAUCAUCUUUUCUGGCAUCGUUUGUUGUUGUCUUCUCGCCACGGCACUUCUCAUGUACAACAUCAAGCCGUGCACCGAUAAUUGUCGCAAUCACAAUUGUCUCCACAGUCAUCAAUCAUUUACCUCCUCGGAUGGCGUCAUCAUGGCAGCUAGCACGACUCACAGUACGGGCGCGAUGCAAAACAAUACCAUCAACGAAGAAGACGAAGAGUCUGAAGAUGAACCCUUUUCCACGGCACUUCCUGAAAACCUUGAAAAAAUCAACAUGCGCUUACCUAAACAUGUAAUUCCAAGCACGUAUGACAUCAAGUUGAUCCCUUUUAUGAUGGAGAAUAACUUCACUUUCAUCGGCGAAGUGAAAAUUAUCGUGAAAAUUGUCGAAGAAGCAAAAAACAUUACGCUUCAUAGUUUGGAUUUAGUAAUCAAUGAAGUUGAAGUCCGUUAUUUGAACGAUUCUGAAAUGAAAAUUGAAAUUAGUAACAAACGUCAUGACAUUUUAAAUCAAUUUUACAUCCUUGAAUUUGAUGAAUUUCUGCCAAAAGGCUCUUAUGAACUGCAUUUCAAGUACGAAGGAGCCUUAAAUGAUGAUCUGCAAGGAUUUUAUCGCAGUUCGUACACCGUCAAUGGCGAAAAACGUUGGUUAGCCACAACGCAGUUUCAACCAACUUUCUUCCGGAGUGCUGUUCCAUCAUUUGAUGAGCCCGCGUUGAAGGCCCGAUUCACAAUCAGCAUUGCACGACCUUCGCAUUUGGUUUCCUUGUCGAAUAUGCCGAAAGUCAAUUCAGUUAAAUUAUCGGCAGUCGACAAUUACAUGCUGGAUAUCUACGAGGAAUCAGUACCGAUGAGCACGUAUUUGGUAGCCUUCGUAAUUUGCGAUUUCAAGAGUUUAUCAUUGGGCAAUGUCUCUGUUUGGGCUCGUCCGGAAGCGAUUCAAUCAGCUUCCUAUGCACUUAAAAUCGGAGUAAAAUUAUUAGAAUUCCUCGAGACGUUCUUCAAUGUUUCAUAUCCCUUACCGAAAACCGACAUGAUCGCUUUGCCCGAUUUUUCCUCAGGCGCUAUGGAGAAUUUUGGAUUGGUGACAUAUCGCGAAACUGCGUUACUUUACGAUGAAGACGUCUCCGCUUGCAGCAACAAACAACGAGUCGCAAUCGUGGUUUCACACGAACUUGGGCAUCAAUGGUUCGGAAAUCUCGUAACUCCAACUUGGUGGACCGAUUUAUGGUUGAAUGAAGGUUUCGCAUCGUACAUGGAAUACCUCGGUGUGGAUGCUGUCGAGCCAGAAUGGAAGCCGCUGGAUCAAUUUGUCGUCAAUGAAGUUCAUUCUGUGUUUUCGUUGGACGUUUUGGAGAACUCUCAUCCGAUUUCCGUCAAAGAAGUCGAAAAUCCAGAUGAAAUUAAUGAAAUUUUCGAUAGAAUCUCGUAUGCGAAGGGAGCUGCGAUACUUCGGAUGUUGGCAAGUUUCCUAACUGACAAGGUCUUUAGAAGUGGAUUGUCCAAUUAUCUGCAACAAAUGUCCUUCCAAAACGCCGAACAAGACGAUUUAUGGCGAUUUUUAACGGAAGCCGCUCGUGACAACGGAAUUUUUGACGAAAAUUUAUCGGUAAAAGAGAUAAUGGAUACCUGGACCCUUCAAACCGGAUUUCCCGUUGUCACUUUUGAGCGAAAUUAUGACAAUGAUUCAUUCGUUAUUCGACAGGAGCGAUUCACGUUGCAACGAAGCAAAAAUUCCUCACAAUUUAACGAGACAUGGUGGAUUCCGAUUACUUACACGACAGCCAAGGCUCCUCAGUUCACGGAUACCAAGCCAAGUACCUGGAUGCGACGCGAUAAGAGCAUUGUAGUUGCAGAUCAUCGAUUGCAGGACAACGAAUGGCUUUUGGCGAACUUGUUGGAGACCGGAUACUACAGAGUUAAUUAUGACAAGCGAAAUUGGAACAUGUUGACGCAACAUUUGAUGGAUCCAAAGAGAUAUCAAGAGAUCGCGACUACAAAUAGAGCUCAAUUGAUUGAAGAUGCGUUGAAUUUGGCACGUGCUGGAUACUUGGACUACAGAAUUGCGUUGGAUGUCACGCAAUAUUUGUCGCAUGAGGAUGAAUAUGUGCCAUGGAAGGCGGCAAUUAGUGCAUUAAGCUUUUUAGAUGGCAUGUUGAUCAAGAGGGAGGACUAUUCUCUGUUCAAAGAAUAUUACCUUCACAUCAUCAAUCCAAUUUACAACGACGUCGGUUUCGAUGAUCCUAAAAACAGUUCCUUACUCACCGUGUACAAAAGAGUUGAAAUUCUAUCGGAAGCGUGUCACCUUGGAAUGCCCGAAUGCAUUCACAGUUGCAUGAGACAGUAUCACAUGUGGAUUCACGAGCCUUUGCCCGAUUUAAACAAUCCAAUCUCACCAAAUUUGAAAAAUAUCGUUUAUUGCAUGGCAAUCAAGUACGGCGACCAAACGGAAUGGGAUUUUGCGUGGCAGCGAUACCUCAAAGCGACAGUUUCAAGCGAAAAAGAGAUUUUACUCACCGCAUUAGGUUGCAGUCGCGAGACUUGGAUCCUCAAGCGAUACCUGGAAUGGUCAAUUUCGGGUCAGCAUGGCAUCCGGAAGCAAGAUGUCUUUAGAGUUUUUGCUUCCGUGUCGAAUAGUGUCGUUGGACAGAAGAUUGCAUUCGAUUUUGUUCGCGAAAAUUGGGCGAGACUCAAGAAAUACUUUGGUCAACCGAUGUCUAAUUUGAAUCACAUCAUCAAAUACGUGACGAGACGCUUGAAUAAUCAAUUCGAAUUGGAAGAGUUAAAAGUCUUCGCCAAGGCCCACAUGAACGAAACAGGCCGCACAUUGAAGCUCGCACUCGAACAAACCGAAGCCAGCAUCGCUUGGAUGGACAAGAAUUACAAAACAAUCGUCGCGUGGCUGGCCGAACAAGUCGACAAACUAGAGAAAAACCAAAUUUAAGCAAAAUUUAAGCCAUUUUUAAGUAAAAAAAACUGUACUUUAUCGCAAAUGCUUUGAAAAUUCAUCAUAGUUAAGUCACUUAUUUUAAAUAUAAGACUGUGUUAAGCUCGAUGUAUGUAAAAAAAAAGUAUAUUUUUUAUUGUUAAUUUUAAGCAAGAGAGAAAUGUAACAGAAAAUUUAUUAGAUGAAAUUCCCAUCAGUGUCUAUUCUA